AAGGGGCAGCACAUGAAGAUGGUAGAGGACCAAGUAUUUGGGAUAUCUUCACUCAAAAAUACCCUGGAAGAUGUGGCAAUAAUGAAAGGUAUAGGUUUCGAUGCUUACAGAUUUUCCAUUUCAUGGUCUAGAAUAUUACCCCGUGGUCAUCUCAAAGGAGGAGUAAAUCCAAAGGGAAUUAAUUACUACAAUAAUCUCAUCAAUGAACUCCUAGCCAAUGGAAUCCAACCUUUUGUGACCUUAUUCCACUGGGAUCUUCCUCAAACUCUUGAAGAUGAAUAUGGUGGCCUUUUAAGCUCCAAAAUUGCGGAUGAUUUUCGUGAUUAUGCAGAAUUAUGUUUUAAAAACUUUGGUGAUAGAGUGAAGCAUUGGAUCACUUUGAAUGAGCCGUUAACUGUUGCUGAUAAUGGGUAUGCAACUGGUACAAAAGCACCUGGGAGAUGUUCCAAUUGGCUCCAUUACAACUGCACUGGCGGUGAUUCGAGUACUGAGCCAUACAUAGUGGCUCACAAUCAACUUCUUGCUCAUGCAGCUGCAGUUCAAGUUUACAGGGACAAGUAUCAGAUAUCUCAAAAUGGUCAAAUUGGAAUUACUCUAAGCUCUGCCUGGAUUUUACCCUUGACUAACUCAAGUAGAGACUUCAGUGCAGCAGCUCGAGCCAUUUCCUUCCAGUAUGACUGGUUCAUGGAGCCACUGAAGUCUGGUUCAUAUCCAGCUGAUAUGGUUGCUUAUGUGGGAAAACGAUUGCCUCGAUUUUCUAAGGAAGAAUCACUGAUGGUUAAAGGAUCUUUUGAUUUCAUUGGAGUUAACUAUUACACUUCAAAGUAUGCUUUUGAUGUUCCUUGCAAAACUGAACACUUAAGCUACACCACUGACUCUUGUGCUCAGUCUACAGCCGAGCGAAACGGGAUUCCCAUUGGUCCUAAGACAGGAUCAGAUUGGCUUUAUGUGUAUCCAAGAGGAAUUCUAGAUCUUUUGCUCUACACCAAGAACAAGUUCAAUGAUCCAAUCAUUUAUAUAACUGAGAAUGGAGUUAGUGAGCUUGAUACUGACAGGAUAAUUGUUGAGGAUAACUAUAGAAUACGUUACUUCAAUGAUCAUCUUUCAUUUCUUAACAAAGCAAUUAUGAAAGGUGUGAAAGUAAAGGGAUACUUUGGAUGGUCACUUCUAGACAAUUUUGAAUGGGAAGAUGGGUAUAAAGUUCGUUUUGGAAUGGUCUAUGUAGACUACAAGAAUGGAUUGAAAAGGGAUCUCAAAAACUCAGCAAAGUGGUUCAAGAAAUUUCUUGUCUCAGAAUCACAUUCAAUUGCAGAGAAGGGAUUGGCAAUAAUUUAAUUAGAUUAAAUUAGAAGAAUGGGAAUAUAAUUUUUCAUUUAAAAAGAAUAAUCUACAUAAUAUAUAUAUAUAUAUAGUUUGAAUUCAAAUAUACUUAAUAGAAACAAGAAGUAAAAAAAUAAAUUAUGAAGUAUAAAUAUUGCUGUCUUUAAACAUGUUCUUUGAUCUUCUUUCAACUUCAUACAUAUCAAUAACAAGACAACUCAAUCUACUUCUUUAGACGAUCUUUUCACAUUAUUAUUUUUCAAAAAAAAAAAAGCUUGAAAGACCUUCUCCACUUCUCUACCCCAGAAGCUAUCAAACCCAAACUGUUUAUGACUCUCGGAGAAAUAAAAGAAUGAGAGGCACCAGGGUUCAUAAGAGCAUACACAUUAGAACACCCGAUAGUGAGUUUACUUGACAUCAUAGUGUUUGAUGUGUUGGCAUCCUACUGUGUUAUGGUGAAGAUCCAUGCUGGAGCUGAAGGA